UGUAGCCACACUUGUUGCCUAGAUGUGACACUGUAUUUGAACAUAUACCACAGUCUCUGCUUCAGUCUCUUUCCCAAAGAUUGAGAAUUAGGAUCCGGUUUUGGGCUGUAUUUGACGAUCCUCCACGUGAUUCUAUAAGUGGAAAUGUAGGAGCCACACCUGCCUUCUCGGUCUGCCCGAAGCUAACGUGUUCCUGGAGGCUUGCGGGCAGAGGGCUGGCGCUCAGCGAAAACUGCAGCUGUUUUGUCCAGAUGAUUCUCGGGACCUUUCCACAGUGGGAACUGCAAGGCGCCAGCAGGCUCUCCCCAGCCAGAGAGCAGGGCCAGCAGUUUCAGUGAGGGAGCACAGAUAAAGGAGAUCUUCUUCCUGCAGUCUGGGCACAGGAGAGUGGAUUCUCUGGAAAACCUGGACCUGAGGGAUUCCAGAAACCUGAAAGGAUUUCUGCAGACUAAAGGGAACAGCAACGGCUGUGGCAGCAACAGUGAAUUGGCUGAAGCAGAGCACCUGCUCCAUUACCACCCCUACUGGCAGUAGAGCCCAGAGUCACUCCGCAAUUGAACCAGGACCACCGCAGAAUGGACAAACCAACCGACUACAGCCCAGAGUACACACGUAAACAACGUACAGGCCGCAACAGGGGCAGCUGCAUCAUACAAGAGGACAUGGCAAGCAGUGGAGGCUUGGCCACCACUGACCCCGUUCACUGGGGUGGGUUCAGCCCCUGGAUGCAUGAGUACGAGAGCCAGAGUGACUCGGAUGUGGACCGGCCGGAACCAGACGUGGUGCUGGACGACCUGGCCAGCCGCAGGUUCCGAAGCCCCUCCCCCGCGACCCCUGCCAACUACGCCAUUCCCAGAAGCCCCAUGGGCACCUUGCCCCGGCAACAGGCAGCCUCCUGUCAGGCCACCGCGCUACAAAACCUGGCCUACCUCAGUAGCUCCUCUCCGUCACCCACACGUGGCAGGCCGAGGCCAUCCCUGGAAGAUCUCCCACUGAGAGAGGAGCUGUAUGAGGAUUCGGAGGAUGAGGAGGGUGAAGGGGAGGUGGGGUAUGCUGACCCCGUUCAGGAUGACCUCUAUACCCGCCGGGUGGGCCUCAGCCUCCAGCCCUCAAAAAGCGUGUCCUAUGACCAGUUCCUGCCCAAGUACUGGACGCCGGAGGAGGAUGCUCAUGUUCGGAAGAUCAAGCUGGGGUCCCAGCGUCGCCCGUGGUACAAGAAGAUGCAAGGGCUCAGGAAGAGAUCCGGUUCAUCGUCAGAUGACUCUGACUCCGACGUCAGUCCCUGGAUUCGAAAGAGCAAGUCGACCAGCUCCAUCCCAAUCUGUGUGGAGCUGCAGAAGAUCCAUGACCAGGCAAAGGAGAUUGAAGAGCAGUGGACGGAUGACCUGGCCAGGUGGAAGAACCAUCGGCGGAGUGUCCACUCUAACAUGGUGAGGGAGAGAGAGCACGAGCACGCAGAACUAACCGGCGGGGGCAGCGCCAGAAAACCCUACACCCCCUCAGAGAUGCAGGAAGGAGAAAGGGAAGCAGCCACUCCAGCUAGCCAAAGGGCCGCCUCCUCCCACACACCCCAGGUUGUCGCCUCCAAGUUCCAGCCUCGUUCCAUAUCCCUGCCUCCCCGUAGCUACUCCUCGGACGGCCCCCGUGCACCUGCGGAGAGAGCGGUCACCCCUCCAGCAAAAACUUACUCCACCCUGGCAAGAGCCAGCCAGGAGGCCUCCCUCAGCACCAGCGACAACAGCAGGUCCGGCAUCGCUCGCACCGACCGAACCGCAACCACUCUACAAGACCGGACCGGCACCGCUCCCGACGUCCUGACCGGCGCGGACCGAACCAGCAACCAACUCACCAGCCGAACUGGCUCGACCUUCGCCAGCACUAACGUUACCAGCACCACGCUCAGGGGUCGAAGCAGAGCCUCUCUCCCCGACCUGCCCGGCAGCCUUCCAGCUGACCCGAGAGGCACCAGCACGGCUAGGGAAAGCGGUGGCAGCGGCUCGGCUUACAAAGCCCCCGAUCCGGGGCGCCCCAUUGGCAGGCCGGCGGGAGAAAAGAGCCCCGGCCCUCUACAGAGUCUCCAUUCAAUGGAUACAAAACCCACAGCUGCUCAGGUUUCCGCCUCUCUCCCCAGGAGCAACCGGAGAUCGGAUAGCUCGCGUCUCGCCUCCGUGGUCUCCCCCAGGCCUUUCGGGACCCAGUCCACCAGGAUCUCCCCGGUUUCCCGAGCUUUCACCAUGGACGAUUCGUACAGACGCUUCAAUGGUCGGAGGGACCACCAGGGUCCAUUCAUAACCCCAGAGGAGGAGGCCCGAUCCCAGCUGGGGUCCAUACUGAGAAGCAGUGAAGACAAGGAGGAAGGGCCCGGAUCCGCCUCUUUUCCCAGUCCACCAUUUGCUGCACCCCAGACCAGCUCUCAUUCCAAACUGCCAUCCACAGCCUCAUCUGCCAGUGCUCCACAGGCUCGUUACGAGGACAUUCAAAUCAGGCUCAACCAGAGGACAAGCAGCAGCCAGGACUUUGGCUUCCAGACCAGCUGGCACGCAACUGGGAUUUUUAUCAAAUCCAUUCAGCAAGGUAGCUCAGCCGAGCUUUGCCAGCUGCAGGUAGGUGAUGAGAUUGUAGCGGUAGACAGCCGAAGGGCGUCAGAGAUGAGCUGUGAGCAGUGGAAGGCCGGCCUGGACUCUGCCCUACAGCAGGGAAGCCUGGUGCUCGACAUCCGGCGAAACGGACAGAACGGUUCCCCAGAAAAUUAUAUCAAUGCUAGCAAUGAGUUCAUCUCCCGGCCACCCUUGGAAACUGCUGUGAAAUCCUCUCACACAUUCAACAACCAGGCUAAUACUGAUGUGGAAUCUAAAGGCAUGAAUGGUGGAUUCCGUCCUGAAUCUAGUGAAAGCAAAGCACCAGAACCCCUUUCUUUGAAAAACUUAAAAAGGAGAUCAGAGUUUUUUGAACAGCAAGGCUCUGAGACUGCAAUAUCAGAUCUACGCAUCCCCACUAUCACCACCUCCUCCACCCGCCACUCCUGGGACCCGCAGGAGGAGCGCAAACGUCAGGAGAAAUGGCAGCAGGAGCAGGAGCGUCUCCUGCAGGAAAAAUACAAACGUGAUCAGCAAAAGCUGGAGGAGGAGUGGCGUCGAGCACAACAGGAUGCUGUGAAAGAAGGUUCUGGAAACCAUGCAGAGAACCACUUGGGGGUAGACAACAGAAGCCUCAGCCCAGUCUCCCCCACAUCUCCCCUGAGCCAAGCCACACCACCUCCCUUUGAGGAACCCAGUCGGCUGGAGGAUGGCGAUGAGCUGGAAGAGAUGCCAUCGCAAAGGGCAGAGCCGUCCAAGGAAGAGGUGGAGAGAAACGGCGAGGGGGAGGAAUUGGGAUUGCAGAGGAAUUGUGAAGUUGUAGGGCAAGAGCCCAGACUGGAGGAAGAGGAGGAGAGAAAGAUGUGCCAGCAAGCUCCAGACACAUGUCCCAGAGAGCAAGAAAGUGACCAGAAACAGGACCACUGGAGGGGGGACGGGUUUGCCAAUAUCCAGGCUGAGAUUUCACUCUCAGACAGAGGAAAAUCUAAAUCUACUCCUGAUCUUGAUGACGUAGACAAACCAGAGGUUAGAGUAGCGGGUAGCAGUGGUGCGAGUGAGCCGACCGCCCCUGCAAGCCAGGAGGCCCAGAAGAAGAAGAAGAAGAAGAAGAAUAGGCCUGUGUCUCAAGUGGAGCAAGAUCGGCUGCAGAUCCUGGAGGAGAUGAAGAAGAAGACUCAGCUCCUGACUGACACCAGCUGGAUACGCCAGCGGAGCACCAACAUCUACAAAGAGCCCAUUCACCUGGGUGGGGGCAUGAGGAGGUAUGAGUCUCUGGAUAACCUGAACACCGCUCGCUCCUGGAGACAGUCUCCAUGGCCACCGAGCCCCGCCCCCUCCUCCUCUGGCGGUAGCCGUCCUCAAUCCGCAGUCUCCAGCUCCACCUCCUCCCACGGCUACACCCGUUCUAUCUCCUCCACCCUGCCUACCUCCUCUUCCCUGGGUUCUCUGAGGCAGAGCCCAUGGUCCCAGCCCUCCCCCACCUCCCCGACCCCGCCAACCGCCCUUAACGAGGAGUCUUCCCCUGAUCCUGGACCCCGCCCCCACUCACAGCGGCGCCGCAGUGCUUCGACUGCAAGUCUGACCUCCGGAGACCAGAGUCUGGAGCUGGAACCGGAGCUGAAGUCAGACUGCGAAACCGGCAGCUCUACUGCAGCUCCUGCUACACCUGAUUCUCAGAUUAAUGAUGAAAUACCUGCCUGCCUGGCCGACAUCUCAGUAUUGAUGACCAGGCAUCACCUGAAGCUCAACCUCAAUGAGCUGCUCUUCAUCCCUCCCAGAGCGUCCCUACUACAAGAACUCUCAGUCACCUUUGAUGGAACGUUCAAGUGUGGAAAUGAAGGGCCAUCCAGCCUGUCCAAAUCAAAGGAGUAA